GUGCAUUUUCUAGAGAGAGAGAGUUUAGAGAGAGAAAGUGAUGGACGGAAGAGGAGGGUGCUGUAUCGCGCGGUGCGCCGGUGGUGGUGGUGCUGCUGCGUACGAUAUGUCAAAGGUCGACCGUAUAAUGCUUAGAUUCCGACCGAUCGCGCCAAAACCAGCCACCAGUGGGUCAGUUUCCGGCGGUUCUCCGCCGGGGAACAACGAAGUGUACGUCAGAAGUGGACGAUGCAAGAGAAGGUACGUCAAAGAUUCUAACAACAGAAGGUCUUAUCAUAACAGAAAAAGAAAGGCGUCUUCGGAGGAAACUGACAAAACCACCAGCGGUGGGUCAGAUUCCAGCGGCGACACGGUGGUGACACUGCCGUUGUCGCCGGAGAUUCCGGACCGGAAAGUAUCUCCGGCGAGGAAAAGUGGACCGAUGUGGUUGAGCUUUAACAAUCACGGGGUUAUGGAUGAUGAUGAUAAUGAUAAUGAUGAUCGUGUGGUGGUGGGAAAGGGUUUAGAUCGGACGGCGGUGGUGGCGCCGCGGCCGGUGAGGGUGGUGGGGACGGUGGUGACGGUGGAGUGCGUGACGGACACGUGGGUGGAAGGGGAUGGGCUGGGGUGUACGGACGAGGAGAGGAUGAUGAAUCUGGAGAGGGACACGUGUCCGGGGUUUGUAUCGGACGGUUUGGAUCUGGUGGGGUGGGCCAAUGGGGCGUACAAGGAUAUGGUGGGCCAGGGUGGUGGUGGAGAGGCGGUGGUGGUGUGGUUGGUGAUGAAAGAGAGAGUGCCGGUGGGAUUCCCUGCGUUCACGUGCAGGGUGAGGCUGCAGAUGGAGAAGAGAUCACUGACGUUGCCGUGUGAUGUGUGGAGGAUGGACGGUGGAGGUUGUGCAUGGAGGUUGGACGUCAAGGCUGCGCUGAGUUUGGGUCGGUAGAAUAUAAGUAGUUAUCUAAAAAAACCUAAUCAGAACCGUCCACGUCUUAGAUCUAGAUGAUCAACAGCCUUAAAAUUGUGAAUAUUUUUGCUGUUUGUGGCCUUUUAGCUGGCUCUCCCUACGCAUAUCGAUAUGUGUGUUGGUGUUUAUUUAUACAUUUUGUUCAGAUGCAAAUUUGACAGUAAUCAUGUUAUCUUUCUUCCC